ACCCAGGCCUUGAUGUCGACGUUGGACAGUUCCUUGACAGCCUACAACUCAACAACUUAAAAGAAAUUUUCGAAAGAGAACAAAUGCAAUCAACAGUAGUGGAACAUCGAGACAGUGGUGCUUCUGGUGGUAUCUUCUCGUCGUACACCAUAGGCAAG